AUUCUUUGAAGGGUAAGAUAGAUUCUGGUUAUAAGAGGGUAGUUCGUAGUGACGAGGAUGGUGGGUAUUACAGGUUAUUGGGUUUUCCUUUGGCUAUUCAAUUCUGGUUUUUCGAGUGUUGCCCGUAUGUUAUUGGGAAACUGUCCUUGUACUCAAAUGUUGGCAUUCCAAGGAUUUUGAAUUGGCCUAAAUUACCCAAGGACAAGGAGGGUAUGGUGAAAAUGGAUGUCAUGAACACCCUCAUUUUCGAUCGGUCUUUGAAAGAGUUAAAAUUAAGAAACAUCACUCCAACUUCCGUUGAGAGAUUGAGUUUGAGCCUCACUGAUUUUUUCUCUGCCUGAACAGUCUCAAGGUGGGGAGGAGAACAUUGAUGUUGAUGCAACAAUUGCAUCUGCUGUUAAAGCUGUGGAGAAUUUGGUUUGUGUUUCUGUUUUUGUUUUUUGUAAUUUGUAUUUAUAUGGUAUUCUAUUGUUGUUUUUAUGGUGUUUUUAUUGUACUAUUUGAAAUUUAAAAAAAAUCUUUUUUUUUAUCCUUUCUCUUUUUUAGAUUGGUUCCUCAACUCAUGCCCCUGCUCUUGUUGAGACUUAUGAGAAGACUGAUCUUGAAAUGGUUGUUUUUCAAGAGACUCCUAUUUUACGUCCUCAAAAGAGGGAUCAGAAGAAAGGAGCUGUUUUAAAAUCCCCAUUCAUUGAGCUUGCUUCUGGUGCAUCUAAAUCAGGUUCAUCCUCAGUUUCUCCUGAUGAUUCUGUGUAUAAGGUCGUUAAAUAUGUGCGUGGUUUGUGCCCGUUGGACAACAAGAUUGGUGAACCUGUCGAUCCGCAAUUGGAAGCUGAGUUUGUCAAGUGGGUUGAUACAGGUCUUAGAAAGCAUAAAUCUAACACAACAACUAAUGUGUAUUGUAAGGGUAAGGACACAAUAUUUCCGCCAUUUCGUUUUGGUGUUGAGGACAUCAGCAACAAGAUGUGGUUUCACAACCUUGCCUACCCUAAUUGUUUCCUUACCAAUUCUCACAUUGACAUCAUUUUCUAUUAUCUUCGUAAGAAAAUAAUGUACUCAGUCGAGCCGAAAAUCAAAGUCACCACAACUGAUUGCCUCUUUUGUUCUAGCAUAACAACUUUGUAUGAGAAGUUUGUUGAGAAAAACAACGAUAUAUCGGUGUUGUCUCUUUCUCACAAUGUGGCCCAGUACAUUCAAGGUGGUAAGAUAUUAUGUGCCACUCCUUGGCAUUUGGUUGAUCAUGUUGUUAUGCCUAUCAAUGUAAAAUUACAGGAUCAUUGGAUUUGUGGUCGUCUUAACAUAGUUGACAGGCGCAUAUAUCUGUACAAUUCAUUGCGUUCUGGGAGUGAUUGUGGUGUUUUUGUUGGAUCAUUUGCUGAGUAUUUCAUUGAUGGCAAACCCAUCCCAUCCUCUGAUUUUGAUGUGGAAAUUCACCGCGAUCGUUUGGCUGUGUUAUUUUAUCAAUAUGGGAUGAAGAAGCAAACUGAGAACAUUGAAAGUGAAUCCGAGGCCCCUCCCAGCCUUCCCAAGAAGUGA